CACUACCACUCGUGCUUCAUCUCACCAUUAAUGACAACCUAGCGCGGACAGAUGGGUUCUUGCCUGGCAAAGCCAGCUGAAAGUGCGGAACAAAAAAAAGCUAGCUCGGUUCCUUCGCCUCCGCCCGCACCUGCUCCACAACCAGUGCAACAGGCAGCAGCGCCUGCUCCGAAAGACUCGGGCGACGUCAAGCCAGGCCAGCAAGCGACUCCUGUGCCCCCGCCAUCCCCACCGCCCCAGCCUAAGCCUGCUCCUCCUGCGCAGCCCGCGCCCGCUCCGGCUGCCAAGGUGGUAGAGGCUAUCCCGGCAGUUGCAGACGAGAAGUCUCCCCAGGGCAAGCAGCCGCGGAGGUCGCAGGAGCACGACAACGGAGUAAAAGCCGAGGAGAUUGAACUCGUCAAGCAGAAGUCGACAGAGCCUCAACCCUCAGCAAGUGCUACUGCAGCAGUUGCUACACCUAAAGCAAUAGAACCAGCUAUGGAGCCAAAGGUCGCUGCACCAUCAGCCCCGGCAGCAGCGCCCGCGCCAGCCCAGGCGCCUGCAGCAGCACCAACGCCAGCUAGACCUGGGUCCAAGCUGCGGACAGAUGUCAAGCUCCGGGAUCUGUACAAGCUCGGGAAAACGCUUGGCACGGGAGGCUUCUCGGUGGUCAAGCUCGCGACCGACCGCGGCACUGGCGUGGAGUACGCAUGCAAGAUCAUGGCGCUCCCACCGGUCGGGCAGGAGGUCGGGGAGAACGAGAACACUCGCGAGGACAUCUUCAAGGAAAUUGAUCUGCUCUGCGGCAUGAACCACGAGAACGUCAUUUUCCUGAAGGAGUACUUCGAGGAGGGCAACAAGGUGUACCUCAUUACGGAGCUGCUGACUGGCGGCGAGCUGCUGGAGGCGGUGCUUAAACGCGGCAGCUACACGGAGGCUGAGGCGCGGCUGUGCUUCGUGCAGGUGCUCCGUGGCAUCGAGUACCUCCACAGCAAGAACGUGGUGCACCGUGACCUGAAGCUGGAGAACCUGCUGCUAGCAAAGCAGGAUGACAUCAGCCUCGUAAAAAUUGCGGACUUUGGUCUAGCGAAGCACGCUGUGAACGGCAUGCAAACCAUCUGUGGCACGCCGCAGUACGUGGCGCCGGAGGUCAUCGUGGGUGCGAAGGGGCAUGUCUACGGGCCGGGUGUCGACAUGUGGAGCGCGGGCGUUGUGCUGUACAUCCUGUUGGGUGGCUACCCGCCCUUCUGGAGUGACAGCGAGCCCCAGCUAUUCGAUAUGAUCCGCAAGGGCAAGUACAGCUUUGGCGACCCCGUGUGGAACAAGGUGUCCGAGGGCGCCAAGGACCUGAUCCGGAAACUGCUGGUGGUGGAUCCAACCAAGCGCCUGUCUGCCACCGAGGCCCUGCAGCACCAAUUCAUUCUUGAAGGCAACUUCAACCCGCCUUCCACGCCAAAAGGCCCGAGGUAACUCCUUAAGCUGGCAAGGUGGAGCAUGGGGACUCGGACAAGAAUGGGGUUUCCAAGCGGGCGUAACGUCAACAAUGCGUGCGUUCGUGGCUAGAGAGACAUAAAGCAUCAGCGAAUGUGCGAGCGUAGCGCAAAAUUGUUGGUUAGGUUAGGCACGAGGAUAACCAGUGUGGUGGCAGGAAGGGGGAUGACAUCCGCAGCCGAUUGGUCGGCACUGGUGGUGCUGGGCUGGUCAUAUAGAGUUAUCCCAAGUUGGCCGGACAGUCACAGUCCGCUGGCGAGGGUGCGCUGUAGAGAUGUGCAGCUGACGGCACUAGUAAGUAAGCAAUGCGGGAUGCGUUUCCAUAGGACAGAUAGCUAACGUUAUGCGACUGGUGCAGAACUUGAGCAGGUGGAUUGUGAAAGCAGCACUCGUGAUGGAACAUGGCAAGGGGCAGGAAAGCGUAGUCCCGAUGUGUGUGGUUCCCACCCGUGCCCACAUAAAUGCGUAGCAAGAAGGGACAAGGCAUUGGUGCGUCGUUCGCGCGCUGUUACUGUACCGACGGUAGCUGGCAGGAUGUGUCGAUGUUUUGCUGACG